UAACCUCUUGAGGAAUUAUACAAAGUUUCAAAUCGGCAGAGUAAAGAAUACUCAGGACACCGUCAGAUUAUGAGAGGAAUGACGGAAGUCUCGAAGUUUGGUGAAUAGAUUGAAUGCGAAGGAAGUCGGCAAUCGAGAAAUCACCGAAGACCAACUUGAAAAGAUGUAUUGAUUAAAUUAAGGCAGUUCAGGAAAAUAAUAAAAAUAAUAAUAAUUCCGUGCGAGAAAAAAAAAUUAUAUCCUGACUUAGUGUUCAUGUGUCUUGAAUAUCUUUUAUGAAUUUGUUUCUCAAGGUCAUUUUUUCUAUAGAUUUCUGUUCCGUCAUGAGCGUUCUUUGUUUUGUUUUUUACUCGUGAUUUUGUGAGUAUUUAAAGCACUCGUAGUUGGUUUUAGUUAUUGUGUUUAACCAAUCAAAGCGAAAGUGUUUUUGGUAAUUUAAACCACUCGUGGUUGAUUUUAGUUAUCGUGUUUAACCAAUCAAAGCGAGUGAUUUGGGGAAUAUAAAUCACUCGUGGUUGAUUUUAGCUAUCGUGUUAACCAAUCAAAGCGAAAGGGAUCUCGGGGCUUUAAUGAACGUAACGUCGUAUUAUAUGACUUAAAUGCAUUGUGGUCCUUUCUGAAGCGUCAUAGAUUUUGAAUGCUUGGACACUCGUAGCUCCUGGCGGAGGGAGGCGAGACAGUCACCAGAAUCCUCCUCCAUCCACAUCUAUGGUGCCCCUAGGAUCCCUCGGUUCCGCUCCUUCGUCAGGCAGAUGGUGGUGUCCCUGCACCCGGUCACUCAUGCAACAUGACGCCCUGUCCCGCUCACAACUCCUCUAGCGGGCUCUGGAGGGCCCGCCUAAGGGAAGCAGAAGCCCUACCGUCCAGCAGUCGUCGUCACCACCACUUACGGAUUCCCUCCGAAGUCGAGCUGCUCUUGCUGGAGACGCUCGGUGUCCUCGCCCGUGACCCCGUCGUGUCCUCCGGAAAGUUCAGAGACGUUGCUCGACGACUGGGGUUUCGGAACGCCUCCGCCCUGUGGGACUCGUGCUCCCUGGGGAAGUCCCGCGCGUCCCAGGGCCCCACCGAGUGUCCCGGUGGUGCUGUGAUUCCUUCUUCGCGAUCCGAUAAGCUCCAGGCCCUGGUAGUCAUGCUUUGCUACGCACUGCUGCAGGCGCAUGAUGUGGUGGCCCACGAAGUCUACGGCGACGAGGCCAUCCGCGUGACGCCGCCUCCCCUGCUGCCCUACCUCAACGGCGGGGACGAGGUCGACCCCGCCAACGGCGACGUGGACAUGGAGAAUAUCACCCGCGUCCGCCUCGUCCAGUUCCAGAAGAACUCGGACGAACCCAUGGGAAUAACACUGAAGAUGAACGAGGAAGGCCGUUGUAUCGUGGCGCGGAUCAUGCACGGAGGCAUGAUCCACAGGCAGGCGACGCUGCACGUCGGCGACGAGAUACGCGAGAUCAACGGCGUCCCCGUGGCGAAUCAGAGCGUCGAUAUCCUACAAAAGAUGCUGGCUUCGCAGAGGGAAGCCCGUGGAUCCGUCACCUUCAAGAUUGUGCCCUCCUACCGCAGUGCCCCGCCCCCUUGCGAGUUUUACAGGACGACACCACAGCAAGUUCUUGACUGGUCUCUGCGGAGUGGAGUUGUUAAAAAGAUAUACGUCAGGGCCCAGUUUGACUAUGACCCUCUGGAAGAUGACCUCAUUCCAUGUGCGCAAGCUGGUAUUGCCUUCAAAAUCGGAGACAUCCUACAGGUUAUUUCUAAAGAUGAUCACAAUUGGUGGCAAGCAAAAAAAGACCCGAACGGCACAGCAGGCUUAAUACCUUCACCUGAACUACAAGAGUGGCGUACUGCAUGCUUAGCCAUGGAAAAGAGUAAACGAGAUCAAGUAAAUUGUUCAUUCUUUGGCCGAAAGAAAAAGCAACAUAAAGAUAAGUAUUUGGCCAAACACAACGCAGUCUUCGACCAGCUCGACCUUGUCACCUAUGAAGAAGUUAUAAAAUUGUCUACAUUUCGGCGGAAGACGCUGGUCCUGCUUGGUGCACAUGGAGUUGGUAGACGGCACAUUAAGAACACCCUUAUAGCAUCUCAUCCUGAUCAAUAUGCGUAUCCAAUUCCACACACAACAAGAAGUCCCAGAAAGGAUGAAGAAAAUGGGAAAAACUAUUACUUUGUAUCACAUGACGAAAUGAUGGCCGACAUAGCAGCUAAUGAGUAUUUAGAAUAUGGUACACACGAAGAUGCCAUGUAUGGCACAAAAUUAGAAACCAUUAGGAAAAUUCAUGGCGAAGGUCGAAUGGCAAUUCUAGAUGUUGAACCCCAAGCAUUGAAAAUCCUACGAACAGCAGAGUUUGCCCCUUAUGUUGUAUUUAUAGCAGCUCCAUCUCUACAAAAUAUGACCGAUUAUGAUGGGAGUUUAGAACGACUAGCAAAGGAAUCAGAUGUGCUUAAACAAGCGUAUGGCCAUUUCUUUGAUCUAACAAUAGUAAAUAAUGACAUCGAAGAAACUAUCAGACAACUUGAAAAGUCAAUUGAAACUAUGAAUAUGACACCGCAGUGGGUGCCUGUGUCAUGGGUUUACUGACAGCCCGCCCCUCCCCGAGACAGUCCCUCUGACUGUUAUUGCUGUGGAACAUCAAGGAGCAAAGAGGCUAAUAGACGAGCCCACCAACACCAUCGAAGGUGAUCCAGUGGAGCAUAGAACCACACAACCAUGACCAGAGUGCCACAAUCAAAGUCUAACAAAACAUGCCUCAUUUUAUCCUAAGAAUAUAAAACAAAAAAAAUCUAAAAAAAAAAAAAUUAUCAAAUUUCCGCAGUCACUUAACUGCAUUACCUGUGUCACUACGAAUGACUUGUGUGAAAAGUGGUGGUAGAAAAAUAAUGAGUGAUGAUGGAAGCCUUGACUAAAUAAUUUAAACAAAACUUACAUAUAGAUGAUGGUAACUUGCUCAAAAUGAGAUUUCAUAUAGGUACCUUUAUUUUUUAUUUAGCUGGAAAAGGCUUUUCAGACUGUUGAGGGAGAGAACAUUGACUUUUCACCAAUUUUACAUCUGUUGGCAUUGUCUCUGCAGAGUGAAGUAUGUUUUCCUCUAUUUGUAUCACUAAGACACUUGAUUUGACAGUUCUUCAACUGAAUCAUGAGAAUUUAUGCAGUAAAUUUGUGAGUAAUUCCAUUUUAGAAUAAGUAUUAGGUAUUCUAAUUUCUUGAAAAACUGAAAUGCAGAAUCACUUGCAUUUUUAAAUUUCCUUAUAUACAUUGUUUUUCACUUUUAGAUAAUCUUUAUUUGCAUAUUUUAUUUACAUACCCCCAUUAUUGCAGGAAGACCUCCAUAGCUUGGGAUAUACCUUGUUAUUUAACGAUACAGUAGUCCUUUCUAUCAUUGUCUGAAUUAUCUUCCUACAGGAACACUUGCACAAAGUAGAUUAAUUUUAUGAACCGACAAAUUAGUAAUUAUACACAGAGAGGAGACAAGUUAUGGCACAAUAGUGACAAGCUAUUUUUUGUAAUGAAAGCAAUUAAAUAUUUAUUUUUUUGUGGAAGUACUGUAAUAGAAAAACAAGGCCGUAGACGCAGCAAGAGAUCACUGUCAUCAGAGACGAGAGCCUGCUCGAAUCUAUGUUGUACCAUGGUUGUGUAUGGUUCUCUUGAAAGGUGACGGGAGUUUCGAGAGAGAUAGAGGCUAAAAUGUGUAGUUUAUAAGGGACUUUGAAAAGUCUUAGGGGAGAAAGAAGUUCAGUUUACAAUAUAAGGUUUUUGAUACAAGUGUGUGAAUUUUGUUUGAAGUUAUGGUUCAAUCAAACACCUCUGUAUUAAAAGAAAUUGCUGAGGUGGUCACGAAUUUAUGCAGUUUUUAUAUACACUACAUAUUGUAUGAAUGUGUAUGUAUGUGCAUAUGUAUAUAUUCAUAUAUACAUAUAAUACACAUGUGUGUGUAUAUUUUUAUAUGUACAUGUAGAGUAUUUUGAUAUGCAGUCCUGUAUAUGAAAGUAUAUAUACGUACAUAUAUUACUGUAAAAUGAAAAUUUGUAGGAUCCAGGACAUAUUAGGAAGGGUUGCACCCAAGCACAAUAACC